AUGCCGAAAAUCCUCGCCCGAAGCCCGCAGUGGCUGGACUAUGGCACGCCUGGAUUCGACUUCUUUCAGCCCUCCGACAAUGACAAGUCGAGGCAGACAGAUGCUAAAUUAGUCGGACCGUCGAGGAAGAUAGCACAUAGAGGUACAGAGGUGUUUACAGCAGUGCGAAAUGAGGUGCGAUGGAGCGAUCUGGCAAUUUUGAAAGAUGCUGGGGAGGGCUCGAGAGGACAACGCUCGCAGUCGACAUUCAAAGUGCUGAAGACACCGGGAUACCUGCCAAUCACCCAACUGACGGUCUCUCCGUCGGGUGAUUUCCUCGCGGUCCUGACCAGCCAUACCUGUCAUGUCUGUGUUUUGCCGCCGAGAGAGCAUCUCAACUUCCAGGACAGUCAACCAAUCAAGCCUCGCUCAUUCCAGGUUGGACCUCUUGUGCACGUCGUUGAGGCACCUUCGCUCGUCAGCGGCAUAUGGCAUCCACUCUCGCCCUCUGGCAACUGCUUGGUCACGGUGACCAAGGAUGCAUCGGUCCGGCUGUGGGAGUUGGAUCAGAACGACAGGAGCACAUUCAAUGAGCCAGCUCUGGCGGUGGAUUUGAAGAAACUAGCCAAUGCGGCUACGCAGAGGGAAGACUUCAGUGCCAGUAAGCGAAGGGAGAUGACCAAUACCUUCUCCCCGGACGAUGUGGAGAUGCAGGUGGCAGCCAGCUGUUUUGGUGGAAGUGGAAGAGACGAUGAGGAUGGGUGGUCAAGCAUGACGCUCUGGGUGGCCAUGGACGAAGGCGAUGUCUACGCACUGUGUCCAUUCCUUCCCUCGAAAUUCUGGACACCCUCGACUCUUCUGCCCAGUCUCAGCACCAGUGUGGUCUCGAAACAAAGAAUCCUCGACGCGGGUGCUCAAGGCUCCGAGAUGCAGCGACUGGUUGCUCAUCAGCAGAGCACAUGGCUCGCUGACGUCGACUCACAAGACCCUACAGCCGUGCCAGGACCUAGCGGCACAUACGACAUGGAAGUCUACUCACGACCAGAGCGACUGAGCGCAAUUCCAAGGCUGCAAGGUCCUUUCCAGCUCUUACCUGAGCCCGACUUUGGCGAGAUUACAGAUGUUCACGUCAUUGCGCCCAAGGUCAACGAGGAAGCUCUGUUCGACAGCGAGGACGACUUCCAAGAUAUAGGGUUGGACGAUGGCUUGAGCGUGGGCAUCAUUUGUCUCGCAACGAACAGCAACCAAGUACAUGUCUGUCUGGAUUUGGAGGGUGUCGAGGCCGAGUGGCUGCCAUUGAAGCGCGGUCGAAUACAGUAUCUCGACGAGUUGGAAGCCACCAAGGACCUUCUGCUACUCGAGACUUUGGACCUCCAGCGAGGCGGACAAGGAGCUGGACACUGGUCCACAUUUACUACUUCGCCCGUGGAUCGUUACGAGCUUUUCUUGACGCAGUCAACUGGCAUCUACAGCGUAUCGUUCAGACCUUGGAUCGAGAGCCUGGAGAACGAACUAUCCGCGCCUGGAGCGGACGUUGAAGGCAUCGGCUUCCGACUUGAUGUCCUGAUGGAGUCUCUCAGCACGCUCGUUGAUCCUCUGACUGAGCUCGAUGACGCAGCGGCUCCUCUGACCGCCGCCAUUGCAGUUCUGGACAACACUGUCACAGAUGUCGGCUACAUGGUGUUGACUAAAUCUGACAAGAACAAGCCUGUUGCCACUCUGCUGGAUAUACCCUCUUCAACCGCUCACCCCUUUGCACCAGACUCAUUCGCUCCACCCGAAGCUCUCCCAGCGCCCGAAUCGAGAGCGCCCUACCAGCCAGACGAAGUUUUCUUUCAACAAUCAGCGUUUCCAGCGGUGCUGGAAGGCUGGCGACGGGAGUCAGCAACUGGAGCAGCCGGCGAUAUCAAAGGUCAGGUCAGCUUCUCGCCCUAUACUUUGUCGAAAUUUGCAGAGGCACACCGAGUCUUCAGCAGCGAGACACAUGCCAUCGGUCUAGCUACGGGUGAGCUAUUUAGGAGAUGCGAGAGGUUGAUGAGCGAGCUCAAGGCGCAGAUCGAGAAGACGAAGGACCUUUCGAAUCGCGUGAACAGUGUUACUGGAGAGGAUGAGUUCCCAGAGCAGGCUGAUGGAGCACCGGAGCUGGUACGUGGUGGGCGCAAGAAGAUCGAGAACCGCAUUCAAGCAUCGAAAGACAAGGCGCAAGACAUCAGCGAGAGAGUGCAAGCCCUGCAGAGGAAGGUGAGAGGGUUGGGUGGGAAAGAGAUGUCAAGGAAGGAGAAGGCAUUCGCGGAGGAAGUGGCUAGGAUCGAGCAAAGCAUCUCUGCUACCCCAUCGAGCCCGGCAGGUGUCAUCAGGAUGGAGAACAGCCAUCUUACCGUGUCGACAGACUCUCAACCAAGCGGCCUCGAAGAUGAAGACACUUUGGCUGGUCGAUUCAGGGCUGUCGAGGAUGUGUACAAGCAGCUCCUAGAUCAGGCUAUGAUGGUGCAGAAGGAACUUGAAGGGAGAGAUGAGGUCAAGACUGAUGUACGAUCGUCGACUGGGGGUGAGGGGAUUCGCCAGCAGAAACUGGCACAGGUGUUUCAAUUGCUGGAGCGUGAAACAGCGUUGGUGGAUGCUGUAAGCGAGAGGUUGGAGAAGUUACAGGUUGCUACUGUAUGA